AUGGCGAGGCUCGCGAGAGGGCUCCAAAGGAAGCGCGAGCUGCGCUUGAAGGACGUCUCGCCCGCGUUGGCCGCGCUGAAAGGCCGCGUCACGCACACGCCCAUGCCCGGAACGGAGCUCGACGCGUCCGCCGUCGCCGUCGUCUCCGUGCGCGAGCGCGUCACGACGCUCCCGACGAAGACGCGUCCGAAGCGCGUCGUGCUCCUCGGCUCGGACGGCGUCGAGCGCGCGUUUUUACUCAAAGGCCACGAAGACUUGCGCCUCGACGAACGCGCGAUGCGCGCGCUUCGAGCCGUCAACGCGACGCUCGCGAACGACGCCGACGCGAGGAGACGACGGCUGUGCGCGCGCGAGUACUCCGUGACGCCGCUCGUCGGGUACGGCGGUCUGAUUCAGUGGGUCGAGCGCGCGACGCCGCUCAGCGCGAUGUUCGGCGGGUGGCAGCGCCGGACGCGCGCGGCGAACGCGCUUCCGCCGCCGGGCGCGCCGGAGGAGGGGAACGCGGGAUUGCCGUCGACGGCGUCGCGGCGGCACUGGCCGAAAACGGCGCUCCGAGAGACGUUACGGGUGUUAUCUUCGGAGGUGCCGAUCGAUUUGUUGCGACGCGAACUGUGGAGCAACGCCCCGUGCGUCGCCUCGACGACGUCGAAGACGACCGCGCACGCGCGGUCCGUCGCCGUCGCGAGCGUGUUCGGCCACCUCAUCGGAUUAGGCGACCGUCACCUGGACAACGUUCUCGUCGACUUAGCCACCGGGGACGUCGUCCACAUCGACUACAACGUCGCGUUCGACCGCGGGUUAACGCUGCCGGUGCCGGAGAGAGUGCCGUUUCGGUUGACGCCGUCGAUGGUACACGCGCUCGGUCCGUUCGGGACGCGCGGACCGUUCCAAGUCGCGAUGGAGAUCACGCUGCGAGCGCUUCGCGAGCGACGCGGCCGGGAGGUUUUACUCGGCUCGCUGGAAGCGUUCGCGCGAGACCCGCUGUCGGAGUGGACCGAGGAAGGCGGCGGAAUCGCGCGGAACACGCAUCUGAAGCAGCGCGACGCGGCGAACGAGCACAAAUCGUUAGAGGCGGCGGCGGGGCUGACGUUGUUCGCGUCCCGCGCGCGCGGGGAGAUGAAAGCCGGGCUCGACGCCGCCGCGGAGGUUAUGCGCGGGUUGGACGUCGACGCGGACGUGGCCGUCGUCACCGUCGGCGUCGCCGCGUCCGACGCGGCGGCCUUCGCCUCGGCGGCGGCGGCGGCGACCGCCGCCGCCGAGGACGCGUUCCGCGCCGCCGCCGCCGCCGCGGCAGCCUCCGACGCCGCGUCCGACGCGGAGGAGUUCUCGCAUCAGGCGGCGGCGACGGCGCGCGCGAGCGUCGCCGCCGCGUCCGCGGCGAUCGCGGACGCGACGGCGGACGCGGCGGCGCGCGCGGACAAGCACGCGAGCGUCCUCGCGCGCCUCGCCGCCGGCGCCGAGCUCGCCGUCCUCCGCGAGACGCGCACGCCGCCGCUGCCGCUGCCGCUGCCGGAGGCGCUGCCGCUGCCCCACGAGCUCCGAGCCGCCGUCGCGGACGCGGACGCGGAGGGCGCGCGCGUCUUGAUCGAUCGCGACCGCGCCGUCGCGCGCGCCACGGAGGCGCUGACGGCGUACGCGUCGUUCCUCGAGCGGCGCUUGCCGCCGUCGUACGCGCGCACGGAUCGGAGACGCGCGUGGGCGGACGCGCUGUCGACCGC